GUGUGUUCCUGUUCAGGCGAUAACAACAGUAGUUGCGAGUGCGCGCGAACAUGUAGACAGUAAACGUAGCCUCUGAGGGUAUUUAUGCAACUUAUUUGUAAAUUAAGUCCAGUUUAAGAGUGUGUAAAGGUGCAGACGGGUGCGUAUUGCUAAAAAUGGAUCUAUAUAAUGAAGAAACAGAGUUCCCAGAUAUCGACGUGAUGCGAAGGGUCGUGGAUAUGUUUGACCGACGUCCUAAUAUUCAGAGGAUAAUACAAUGUGGCCUUCUUGGUAUUGAUUACUCUAAUGAGGGCACGACGGCGGAUGUUUAUGACACCUGGGCACGUAAUGGUGGCUCUCUUUAUCAGCCUCCACUGCGCCACUACACCGCCGUUCACGAUCCCUCUUGCCUAGGAUCCAUAAGAUUUGUGCCACAAGGCAGCGAUACUGACCGACAGGUAAAAUUAAUACAAGAGUCCGUAAGAAGCAAAGAAAAGUCUGAGAAGAAGCGGCUUAAGAAACAGAAACAGAAGCAGAGAAAAGAGCUGGAGAAGGUGAAGAAGGAAAAACAGAAUCCCAAAAAAUGUGAAGAGGGGAAAGACGCUGCUAAUCAGUCUGAAGCAGAGGAGAGUAAAUUGGUUUCUGAUAAAGACAAAGACGAUAAGAAUUCCAAAGUUAAAGCCUCGGCUUCAGCUAAAGACGCAGACACCAGUGACAGCAGCGGACACGAGUCCAGUGACGAAGAGGAAGACAACCAGAACGACUCGAACGACUCUGAGGAACUGGACAUGACGAGUACUUUCGUGAGCAAAGCUGCUCUUAUAGCCAAACGUAAAUUGGAGCAGAGGCCCAAAGCUGAGAAGAAGGAGAAAAAGAAGAUCCCAAAUAAAGAACAACGUAAAACCGUCCCAGAGAAACCGAAUCAGGACCAGGAGGGUGAGAAAAAGGAUUCUGCCGCUCGUAGCAGCCCGAGCUUUGAAGAUAAUGUAAAAACAAGUACUGAGCUUGCAAACAUAGGCAAUAAGUUUGCAAGUGCUGGAGACUAUCAUAAGGCUGUUAAGUAUUUCACGGAUGCAAUUAAGUUCAACCCUACAGAAUUUAAAUUAUUUGGCAAUCGUUCCUUCUGCUUUGAGAAGCUGCAAGAGUACGACAAGGCGCUGGCCGACGCGGAGUUGUCCAUCGGCAUAUGUCCAGGCUGGGUUAAAGGCCUCUAUAGGAAGGGCAGAGCUCUGGCUGGUCUUAAGAGAUACGACGAGGCUGUCCAGGCCUUCAGGGACGUCCUCAAACUGGACAGCUUAUGCGCAGAGGCUGCGCAGGAGCUGAUGCGGGUGCAAAUAAUACAACUGAUGGGGUAUGGUUUUACACGGGAGCAGAGUUCAAACGCUUUAAUUAUUCACGGGACUGUUCCAAAAGCUUUAGAGGUGUUGUCUAAUUUAAACCCUCAACCGGGAGCUGUCCAAAGCAGCGCUGUCCCACCAGUCCAAGUAGCAAACGUCACCGGAGUGUCUCCCGUCCUCUCUGCAAAUAUAGUCCCAGCAGGCGCUACUGCUGCUCCUUCUCCUCCUCCUGCUGCCCCUGCGGCCAGGAAACCCCUCCUGAGCACCCCCAUGCACCCGGUCCCCAACGCGCCCAAUGGCCCGAGUCGUCCAAAGCCCCUUUAUACUCAGCCCAUGAAGAACAACAGUAACAACAGUCGACCACCGGAGCUGUUUCCAGUGUGGGUGGGCAACCUGAACGCUCCAGUAACAGAGUCUGUGAUCACCAACAUGUUUAACAAGGUCGGGGUCGUCUAUAGCGUCAAACUUCUGAUCGAAAAGCGCUGCGCCUUCGUAAACUUUACAAAACAAGAACAUUGUGAUGAAGCAAUCCGACGCCUUAAUGGCUUUCAGCUGAAUGACAUGGAGAUCGUGGUGAGGUACCCAGACAGGAUUCCUCCAGGUAUGGGCAUUUCAAAGUCUGCCCACCGAGCUGAUGGUCCCCAGGAUGAGAAUGUGAGACAAAACGAGCACGUUGACAGGAGGUACCCCGCUGGAGUCCGGAGGUUUGUGCCCCCUUACAAAUCUGCCCCCGGACAUAGAGGCAACUACUGAGAGGAGCCAGGAUGCCUCGCUGUGACCGUUGUCAUCAAUAAAACUCAAAAUUUAUAUUCAGUACUGAAUAAUCAGUGUUACCUACAAACCCCUGAGGAUUUGUGCCCUGAAGAAAUGUGUAUAAUGUAGCUGGAUCACAGAAACCGAUUUGGUUAUUUUUAAGGAAUGUAUUAGUCACUGAAGGCGACUCAGGAGGAUUUAAAAUUAUUUUAUAACAGAAGUUAUUAUAAGCUGAUGAUCCCAGGUGCCACAUGCUUUCAGGAAGGAAGAACAGGUUUACAACUAUAUUAUUUUAAAAGAAUCCCUGUUCAUAUAUACAUUUUUUCCUUUAAAAGAGAGCGUAACGUGUGUUUACAUCACUACCAAGUAGCCUUACAGCUGACAUCCUGUCUGUAAAACACAGGAAAUGUUACAUUGCCUGUUGUAUUAUGUUUGUUCAGUUAAGGUCUUGUGGUAAAAGCAGUGGUCACCAAACUCAAGUGCUUUAAAAAAAAAACUGCAGUCUUUAUUAUAUAUAUAUAUAUAUACACAUAUAUAUAUAUAUAUUAUAAUAAUUUUUUUGGUCUGUUUUAGUAAUGUGGACCUAAGCGUAAGUGCCUCAAACAUAUGGCCCAUUUUAUAUUAUCUAUAUAUUCAUUUAUUCAGAUCAUUUUAAUACAUUUAAACCCUGCCUUGCUAUAAUCACUUCUUAUAACCCGACAACAAGUAUGUGCAUCAUUACUGUUCAUCUGCCGGUUGCUCAUUUUCAUCCACAAUACAGCUUAACUACUUCUUUUUUUUUUUUCCAUCUGUGGUUUAUCAUGAGGUGGGACAUUUAUGUUUAUUCAGAUGCACUUUUCAAUUAUGGCGUUCAUUUAAAAUUAAAGACUCAUACCUGGAACACGG